GGUUUCCUCUCCCUAGUAGCUAGUUUUCCUCCUCUGCUGAACAGGCUGGAGCUCAUCAAGGAUCACAUUCUGAAGCUGGAGCCAACAAGCACACAGAGGAAGAAGAGCAAGAAGACCGGCUCCCAGCCGAUACAAGGUAGGAGCGAGCAGCGCUAGUGAAGCACCGUCGUCAUAUACUAGGUUAAUCGAUAUGGUGACAGUGAGAGAAGAGACCCGCAAAGGGCCAUGGACAGAGCAGGAGGACCUGCAACUGGUAUGCACUGUCCGAUUGUUCGGUGAACGUCGUUGGGAUUUCAUUGCCAAAGUAUCAGGUUUGAGGGGUGGGGGAUCCAAAAAUUAGGCCUCAACCGCACAGGCAAGAGCUGCCGCCUCCGGUGGGUGAACUACCUCCACCCUGGCCUCAAGCGUGGGCGCAUGUCUCCACAUGAAGAGCGCCUCAUCCUCGAGCUCCAUGCUCGGUGGGGAAAUAGGUGGUCCAGGAUAGCAAGGCGGCUACCAGGACGUACCGACAACGAGAUCAAGAACUACUGGAGGACACAUAUGAGGAAGAAAGCACAGGAGAGGAAGAGUAACAUGUCACCCUCAUCAUCCUCAUCUUCACUGACAUAUCAGUCCUGCCACCCAGAGACCCCAUCAAUGAUCCUCGGAGUCGACGAGCAGGAGCAUCAUGGAGGAAGUGGCUGCAUCACAAGCAUCAUGAAGGGUGCCCCUGCUGACAUGGAUGGUUAUCCCAUGGAUCAGAUAUGGAUGGAAAUUGAGGCACCAAAUGUGCUUGCAGGGCCAUGCUUUGACGAAGGUAAGGAAGACGCAUACAAUAGUGUGUCUGGUCCUCUACUGCCAACUCCUAUGUGGGAUUACUGUUGCCCAGAAACAUGCUUGACGAUGGAUGAUGAGAUCAAAGUGGCCUCGAAAUAUGGUUAUGGUAAAGGGGUGGGUCCAUGUUAUUGAAGCAAUAUAUUGAAUCAGGUUACCAAGUUAAUUAUCCACCUAGCAGAAGUGAAGUGCUUUUGUAGAAGAAUCAUUAGCAUGGAUCUAAAUAUUUACAGCUAUGUAGCGUUGCAGGUGUGCUCAUGUUUCAUGUAUCAGCUAGUGUGCAAGACAGCUUUUGCCACUUGGUCCUUGAUGUAUACAAUGCAAGUGGUCAAGGCACUUUGUAUUCACAAUACAACCAGCUAUCUCCUUAGCUACUUUUCUAUCAAGUUUAAUGUAAUAUGGUUAUUAUAUUUCAACA